UAGUUGUCCUGCUCGCAGGAUGUCGUCAAAAGCAGCGUGCUGCCUCUUACUUAGAUCUUGUCCGCUCAUUGUCGGACCUACUCAGCGCGAUGUCAUGUUUCUCCCCAUUCGCCGCACUGGAGAGGCUCUUUACUUUGAGGCCUCCAGUCGGCUGAUCACCGUCAGGCCACCCGACUCGUCGGACCUUUUGUCUUCUUGCAUACCUCAUAUGAUCGUCUUCGCCCCGCUUUUCAGCUGGACACGUUGAAUUCCUCAUGAGGCUGAGCAAGGCCAACCGUAACAGUCAGCCAGCCAGAACAUUCAGCCGAAGUAGAUUCGAGUGGCAUGCUCGCCACGAUAGAACAGUACAAAGUCAAGAGCACCAUACACAGCCUGUCUCCCAUCAUUCACCCUCCCCAUUACCAAGCAGAUCAGCGAGUUCUUCCUUUGAAAGUGCCGCUCAUCGUGCACUUGCACAGCGGCGGCUGGAUCCUCGGCGGAGCGUUUGGGUACGAGAGGUUUGUGUUUGAACUGGUGGAGCGGACGGGGUGUGCGCUGGCGUUUCCGGAGUAUACGCUUGCGCCGGAGAGGCAGUUCCCGGCGCAGCAGGAGCAGUGUUUGGAGGUUGUGCAGUGGUUUGUGGAGCAUGGGCCUGGGAUUGUGUUGGAUACGUCGAAGGUGGUUGUUACUGCGGAUAGUGCUGGUGGUCAAUUGGCGCCCGCAGUCUCCAUCCUGAAUCACCAGUGCUCCCUGAAUCUGCCCAUCGCGCAUCAAAUCCUCCUCCACGCAGUGGUGAACGCAGCCAGCCUAACCAACACCUUCUCGCAAUUCCUCUUCCCAAACGGCCCCUUCCUCACCACCGCAUUCAUAGAGGAAAUCGUCAAAAAUUACUUCCCCAACGAGCAAGCCCGCCACGAAAUCACCGCCUCCCCGGGCCUGAUGACGAAGCAGCAGGCCAGGGAGUUCAUGCCGCCCACGACCAUCAUCACCUCGCAGAGCGACUGGCUGCGCGACCAGGGCCAGGACUUUUGCCAAGUUGCUGCAGCAGGCUGACGUGCGUUGCGCCGUUCUGCAGGAUGUGGCGUGCAUUCAUGAUGUGGAGAUUAUCCCCGUGGCGCGCGAGAGUGCGACGGCGCAAUUGGUGAUGAUGGCGAUUGCGGCCCAGAUUCGG